CUGAGUGUCACGCAAUGACCCUGACCGCCGGCCGAGGGAGAGGCGUCUGUCUCUGCUUUACUUCUCCCAGUGGGUGCCCUUUUCUACUCUCCGUUUCCUAAAACAUCCAUUCCAUCCGGAAACCUUCCAUCACGACCUCUACUCUCGAACACGCCUUGUUCAACACAUGCCCCCAACUCUUACCAACGGCCUCGGAGAAUCGAGCUCAAAGGCAUAGAAUGUUUGUGCGAGCCCUCUCUGCUUCUACCCCGGAUUCUUGAAACCUGAACCCGGUCACAUCAACCAACCCACGCCCGGAUGUGCUCUCGCCCUGCCAUGUGUUAAAGCAUCGCUCGACAUCGACAAGGCUGUGCACUUUUCCUUCGCUGAAGUGACGAACGACAAUGGACAAAAUCGAUCCCGCCAUCAUGGACUCGGGGGCCCGGGAGCCAACGUGCAUCAAUGCUUCGCAUCCCCGAGCUGCAGAAGAUGAGAAGAUCUCUCUCCAUUUGAAUGGCCAGCCCUGCAGCUUCUUGACCGACGAAAUCAUGCCCGAUGAGACUCAAUUUCUUCACACUACCAAAGAAUCCAAGGAAGCAGCCUACGCUAGCCAACAACACCCUACUACCAAACGGCCAACCAGACUUGCCGCCCUCUUUCCCCCGCUGCAAAGAUGUACGAAACCAUGGACUACAGGCGCGUUCGCGUUGUACCUCACGGGCCUCAUCCUAAUCUCGGCCUACUCUGCCAGCAGGCUAUUCGACGCCGGCAGCUGGCUAGCCCGUCAACCAGCACAGCCAGCGGCGCCAGCAGCUGCUUCUCCGGCCUCUCGGAUCUCACCAGCCUCCCCAGUCCGGAAUUGGGAUGCGGCCGCCUCCAAGGCGACGGCCUUUGUGGCCCAACUCAACCUCACCGAAAAGACGCUGAUGGUCACUGGCCAGCUCGGGCUUGAGGCCGGCGGUUGCAUUGGCAACAUUGUACCGAUCGAGCGCGUCGGGUUCCCCGGACUCUGCUUGCUCGACGGCCCCACGGCGCUGGACCGCGCCGAUCUCGUCAGCGUCUUCCCCGCCGGCCUCACCACAGCCGCGAGCUGGGAUAAGGAGCACAUUUACCAGCGCGGCAAGGCGCUCGGCGAGGAGUUUCAUGAUAAAGGCGUCCAUGUCGGACUUGGCCCGGUCGCUGGUCCACUUGGACGCCAACCACUGGGAGGCCGCAAUUGGGAAGGAUUCUCAGUUGAUCCCUACCUCACGGGAAUUGCGAUGCAACUCACUAUUCAAGGAAUGCAAUCAGCAGGAGUUCAAGCUUGCGCGAAGCACUUCAUUGGAAAUGAACAGGAAACUCAACGAACAAACUCGUGGCUCGCAAACGGCACAGAAAUCGCAGCAAUUUCGUCCAAUAUCGACGAUCGCACCCUGCAUGAGUUGUACUUGUGGCCUUUUGCAGACUCUGUCCGUGCCGGGGUUGCUAGCGUUAUGUGCAGCUACAACAGACUCAACCAAACCUAUGCUUGCGAGAAUUCGGGCUUACUGAAUGACAUCCUCAAGACGGAGCUGGCCUUCAAGGGAUAUGUCAUGUCCGACUGGUUCGCAACGCAUUCCGGAGCCGAGUCCAUCAACAACGGGUUGGAUAUGAACAUGCCUGGUCCCAUUGGCCAUGCCCAGAUCGUCUCUGGCGAGACAUACUGGGGUCCCAACAUCACUGAUAUGAUCAAGAAUGGUUCAGUCACAGAGGAUCGUCUUGAUGAGAUGAUCCGGCUGAUCAUGACACAAUAUUAUCUUUUCGACCAGGAUAGCUCCGAUUAUCCCACCGUCGACCCAUCCAUCGUCUUUACAAUUGCAGCUCAGUCAAACCUUCUAGACUUGCUCCCCUUCCAGCCACCACCAAGCCGCGAUGUCCAGCGAGACCACGGCAAGUUGAUCCGCAAGCUCGGUGCCGAAGCAACAGUCCUCCUCAAAAACCUCAAUGGGACACUUCCCCUUAGGAAGCCCACGAACAUUGGCGUUUUUGGCAACGACGCCGCCGACCCGGCCGAUGGUUUGGUCUUCGGUGCCGGAUUUGAAAUCGGCACGCUCUCCGUAGGAGGCGGCUCAGGCACUGGGAGACAUACCUACCUCGUCUCCCCACUCGAGGCAAUCAAGGCCAAGGCGCGCACAACAGGCGCUCGCGUUCAGUACAUACUAGACAACAAGGUUCUGGCUGCCGGCGACUUUAGCAGCUUGUACCCUAUUCCUGAAGUUUGUCUCGUUUUUCUGAACACGUUCGCGUCAGAGGCUUAUGAUAGGACGAGUCACGAAGCCGACUGGAACUCGACGCUGGCUGUCGAGAACGUCGCUCGGAGGUGUCCAAACACCAUUGUCGUUACGCAUUCGGCUGGUAUCAAUACCUUGCCGUGGGCGGACAAUCCAAACGUUACGGCCAUCUUGGCUGCUCACUUGCCAGGACAGGAGUCGGGAAAUUCAAUCGUUGAUGUGCUUUGGGGAGACGUCAAUCCCUCUGGAAAGCUGCCUUACUCUAUUGCUUUCGAUGCCAAAGACACCGAUAUCCCCAUCGUCAAUCUCACCGAAGCAGAAAUAACGUCUCCCACAGCAUGGCAAGCUGAUUUCACAGAGGGCCUUCUCAUCGACUAUCGCCAACUCGACGCCCAGAAUGUCAAACCUCGUUAUGAAUUCGGCUUCGGCCUCAGCUACACCACGUUCGACUUGGAUGCAUCUCUGAAGGUCAAGCAGAUCGCAAAGAACGUCGCCGCCAUCCCGAAUCCCUUAACGUCGAAUGCUCCUGGAGGCAACCCAGAACUCUGGGAGACUAUCCUUGUUGUCACCGCCCGUGUCAAAAACACCGGUGCCGUCGCUGGCGCCACAGUGCCCCAGUUAUACGUUGCCUUGCCACAGGACUCAGUUCCAGAGGGCACCCCCCUUCAAGUCUUGCGUGGUUUUGAGAAAGUCAUUUUGGAGUCAAAGGAGUCUAGCACUGUCGAAUUUGAGUUACUGCGUCGUGAUCUGAGCUAUUGGGAUGUAGCGUCGCAAACGUGGGUCAUCCCUGAGGGGCCGAUUGAGUUACGCGUUGGCUUUAGUUCUCGCGACAUCAAGGCUACGGCGAAAGAGGUUGUCUUGUCCUCCUAGGGUAUGAUUUUGGAGUUCAAAAGAGAGUUGUUGGCUUUCUGAGCAUGGUCUGCCCAAAGCGACUGAAGUAUUUGUUGAAAUAGAUGUAGCAUGAACUAGCUCUUCGUGAUGUUCAACUCUACACAAUCUCAAACUCGGUUUCCGCAAACGCAAGACUCUCCUCCAUAGCCUCACCAUCCAUCAGCCCAUGGAUAUAACAAUCGCCGAUAAUCCGUGAUUUCUUCUGCUCACCUUCACGGAUGAUGAUGGGAUAGUCACACCCAUACAGCACAACAACCAAGUCGCCCUCCUUUACUCCAUCAACAGCCCAUCCAAACCUGCCCCCCUUCGAGCGGAAGAACCUUCGAUUGUAAGUCCACUUUGUAUGCGCCCCAAUGAAUCUCUCUGCAGCCUCCUUCUCCUUCAUGUAAUGCGCCACCCCAUCCUGCGGCGCCAACCCGUGAGACUCGAUCUGGUGGUCAGUCCGCUCCUGCAGAACCCGAGCGAGUCCCUUACCCGGUUCUAAGGCGGUCUUGUAGUGUACCUCAAAACCAGUUGCGCAAUCCUCGCCAGGUCUCUCAUUAUUGUCCCGCGUGCGGUUGCACAUGAAGGUCCGCCAGAGGUUCUCCCACGUUUCCGGGGUGGCCGUUUUGUCUGGGAAGGCGACGUCGAUUAGGCUGCGGUACCAUUCUUCUGAAUGUUUCGCCAUCUUUUCCAUUGUCUCGUUGAGUCUGUAUUCGGCGUCGUUGAUAGGGCUCCCGGACCUUUCGGUAUCGUGGCCAGCUAUGCUACCUCCCACGCCCGCCUCCUUCUCGUUUUCCCUCUCGUGUUUGAGUAUAGCGCCGCCAUACUUUGCCAUUUUGAUCGCAUUUGAGCCGCUAGUGUCGGCUCCAUUUCCUACGCUGCCCUUUCCAACUUCUUUGUUUUCGCCCAUGCCUCCCAAUGAGCCCUGCUGAUUAGGCACAGGUAUCUGCCGCUUGGAUUCUACCUGGGCUACCACAUCGACGAUCCUGCCCUUGAUAUGCAAGACGCCAGCGUCCUCGUCGAUGUGUAGGCUCGGCUUGCUAUCACCAGCAGCGGAGGCCUCUAGCCCUCGAAUGCGAAGCGGCUCAGUCCAGCCUGGACG